UAUGCUGACUCACCGGGGCAGCUAUUUUGCUUUCUUUAAUAAAUCCUUAACCCCCUACAGCCCCCUACCUAACCUCCUUUUUAGCCUUUGCUGGAUCUUCUUCUUCCCCUUAUGUCUAAUUCAUUGUUCUACAUUUUUAGCAUUCCUUUUCAAAAUAAUUGGGUUAUUGUUAUGUUGGGGGUGGUCUUUUUUCUGACGUCUUCCCUUCGGAUUUGAUAUUGACCUUCGUACCCAUCCUUUAAAUUCUGCGCCUUUAUC